GCCUUCGCACCUUUCAUCAUUUCUAUAUCUCAGUGUUUUCGGUGUUUUCUUACACACACCUCGUUGAGUUAACCCUAGAUCCAAUUCACUCUUCUCUCGCACACCACUGAAUCCAAUCCUAUCCAAAAGUAGGGAAUCCAAAUGGAACUUCGCCGUUGUGAUAAUCUUCAUUAUAUCAAAAUCAUCAAAGGUGGUUUGGUUACAAAUGUCCUUAAUGUGUUUCGCGGGCGACCAAAACUUAAAUUCAGAAAUAUUUCAGAUAUACAUGAACAUGAGAGCUUCUCGUCUGAUAAUGAUGAUGUAGAGGCUGUAAGAUCAUGUGUUGAUGUAAUGGAGGAAGGAAUAGUGAAAACCGAACCUGAUGUUUGGGUAAGUGAUGCCGAUGAUGGUGAUGUUCAGAGAAUCCAUAACUUGGAUGAUGAUGAAGAUGAUUGUUUCAUGUUAACACUAAUGCAAAUUAAAGAAAGUUGCAAAUCAAGGAAAAGAAAACGCUCACAAGGUCUCGGCUCUUCUAAAAUUAAAAUUGAAGAUUCGUCAACCCCGGAAGACUACAUGGAGAAGCAGAAAAUGGAAGAAGAUGAUCCUGAUUUCAUGGAGACCCUUACUAGCUUGAGAACUAAACUGUCAAAGAAUAUGAAGACCAAGAAGAAGAAGAAGUGCGUAAAAGACCACCCAAUGUCCUCCCAAGAGAUUGUGCCAGUUGACCAAUCGAAAGAGAUGCUAGAUAGUCAAGAGUUGUCACCCUCUAGUGGAGAUUCAGCUGCUCUUGUUGAAGUUAAAUUUGAAUGUCCUGAUAAUGAUUGUUUUGAUGGGCCAAAUGACUGUCCCGGAAGUGAAAGUAAAGAAGACCACCCAAUGUCCUCCCAACAGAAUUUGCUAGUUGACGAAUCUGAAGAGAUACUAGAUGGUCAGGAGUUCUCACCCUCUAGCGAGGAUUCAGCUGCUCUUGUUGAAGUGAAUUUCGAUUGUCAUGAAAAUGAUUGUUUUGACGGUCCAGGUGAUUGUUCAAGUAGAGAAAGUAAAGACCACCCGAUGUCCUCCUUAGAGAUUGUGUCAGUUGAUGAAUCUGAAGAGAUACUAGAUGGUCAGGAGUUCUCAUCCUCUACUGGGGAUUCAGCUGCUCUUGUUCAAGUGAAUUUUGAGUGUCAUGAAAAUGAUUGUUUUGACGGGCCAGGUGAUUGUUCAAGCAGAGAAAGUAAAGAAGACAACCCAGUGUCCUCCUUAGAGAUUGUGUCAGUUGAUGAAUCUGAAGAGAUACUAGAUGGUCAGGAAUUUGCACCCUCUAGUGGGGAUUCACCUGCUCUUGUUGAAGUGAAUUUUGAGUGUCCUGAGAGUGAUUGUUUCGACGGGCCAGGUGAUUGUUCCAGUAGAGAAAGUAAAGAAGACCAACCAGUGUCCUCCUUUGAGAUUGCGUCAGUUGAUGAAUCUGAAGAGAUACUAGAUGGUCAGGAGUUCGCACCCUCUAGUGGGGAUUCAGCUGCUCUUGUUGAAGUGAAUUUUGAGUGUCCUGAAAGUGAUUGUUUUGACAGGUCAAGUGAUUUUUCUGGUAGAGAAAGUAAAGAAGAUGCGAAGAUAACUCUUGAAUGGAAUUCACAGCAUGAAAUAAAUUACAAAUGGAAAGACUUUUUUUAUCAUAUGCCACUACGGGUGGUGAGUCCAUCUGGUAUGGAUAUUAUAAUAAAUAAUUCUGAACUAAGCAGCGACCAAUCUACAAACUUUCCAGCAAUGGACUUUGAAGAUAACUCUGAUAUUUUUGACAAUCAACUUGAUGAUGAUGAUGCUGAUAUACCGGUGUCGCUAUCUGAAGUGGCAAGUCGUAAAGACUUUGAUAUUGCAGAACUGGAGUUUAGAAGUGAUGAUACUUUACUUGAGGACUGCAGUAAAGAGGAAUAUACAGCUGAUGCUGAGGUUCAGGAUAAGCCCUGCUCCACUAUUGAACAUAUGCUCAAUCCUGAUCGAUCUCUGGUUUGUUGCUCAGAUGAUUCACCUGAAUACAAGCAGAAGCAAUCUUUUGAUUCCGUAUGUGAUGACAUUGGUACAGUAGUCUCACCACCUAAAGUGGCUAGUCAUGAAGACCUUGACUGUGCAGGUCUGGAGUUUAGAGCUGAUAAUACUUUACUUGAUGAUCACAGUAAAGAUGAAUCCACAGAUAGUGUUGAGAUUCAGCAUAAACUGUGCCCCACUACCGAACAAGGCCUCAUGCCAGAUGGAUGUCCAGUUCGUCGCUCAGAUGAUUCACCUGAAUACGAGGAGAAGCAAUCUUUUGUUUCGUUAUAUGAUGGUGAGAAUAUACAUGUCAAUGAGGCUGCUGAUGACUUGACUUCCUGUGAUGAACAUGAAGGUAGUCCAAAGCUGCAUGGUCCUGAAAGGCUAUUAUCAACCAGAAAGGCCAUUUCACCAUCUUCUCAGGAAAAGCUCUGCAAAGCAAUGGAGUCCGUUGAUAUCAGUCAUAAAAACAGUCUUAAACGCAAAGGAGCACUGCAAUUUACUGAACAGACUGAUGAGAAUAGUGAUGCUGAAGGGCUUAAUGAUAUCACAAGACCUCAAGUUAUUAAUAGCCCUAAAAAAAUUAGAGUUAUUCCUCCGAAGCCUUCUAAAAGUAGUUCGAAUCUUAAGGGCGUUUCCAAGAUUCGCAGUUCUUCUCGCUCAGCAACCCACAUGGGGUGCAGCACUUUACAGAAUUGCUCAAAGAGUGCUAUUGCAUUUUCAAAGCAGCAGAUGAAUGAUGCAGAAUGUCUUGCUAUGAAACUCACAAAAGAGUUGAAGUCAAUGAAGGAUAUUGUGGAUGAUAUGUUACGAUCUGAGUUCUGUCUUAAUACCUCUUUGAGAUAUAAAGUAAACGAGGCAAGAAUGGCUGUCAAAAGUGCGACAAAAGCUGAAGAAGGUGCAAAACGGUGGCUGUCCUACAUGUCAAGGGAUUGCAACCGUUUCUGUAAAGUUAUGAAACUAGCUGAGAGUUCAACUCCACAAGAUGUAGUCUCACCUCCGAAAGUAGUGCGUAGAGAGAAAAAAAUAGCAUUUGCUGAUGAAGCAGGUGGAAGGCUGUGCCAGGUUAGAUUCUACGAAGAAGACGAGGGACAUUUGUCAGAAUCCAAGUAAAAGGAAAUGUUGCUUUAAUCACAUGAGAUGACAUUUUCUGUAUAUUAGCAGCUACUUACUAAUAUUGUAUUAAUAAGAUUGAUCGAUGUAAAAAUAUUGUAUCCCUGCUGGGGAACGGGGAAUUAUGUUGUUUUCCCAUCUAUGCAGGAAGUUAAUUCAAUUGAUACUUUGUUGACUUGACUCUUUAUACUUGUUUUAAGAUUUUUUUUUAUU